AUGUUACUUGAUAACAUUAAAGUAUGUAGUAAUUAUAUAUAUAUCAGGUUGCCAUUCGUAUUCGACCCUUCACAAAUAGAGAAUUGGAGAUUUCUGACAUUACAACUCUCUUAUGUUUGGAUAAAGAAACCAUAUCUACUAUCCCUCCUAUAGAAGCUGGAAUCAAGUAAAAUUAAAAAACAUAUAAAUUCAAUUGGGUUUUUGAUAGAAUGAUAUCACAAAAGGAAAUCUUUGAAACUACACUUGAAUAUUAGGUCCUUUCAGUACUUGAUGGAAUUAAUUUUACUAUAAUGAGUUAUGGAGCAUCAGGUUCUGGUAAAUCACAUAUGUAUAAUAUAUAUAUUAAAAUACUAGAUUAGCUAAGUAUACUGAAGAUUAUGGAUUAAUGAUUCGUUCUAUUAAUAAAAUCUUUUAAACCAUCUAAAAUAAGAAAAGAUAAAUUGUUAUUAAAUUUUCAUAUGUGGAAAUCUCACAAGAGUAACUCUAUGAUUUAUUAAAUAAUAUGAAUACCAAUCUAGAUAUUAGAGAUGAUUAAGAGAGAGGUGUAGUUAUUCAUGGAAUAAAAGAAAUGGAGAUUGCUAGCACAUAAGAAUUGAUUCAAUUAAUUUAAAUAGCUAAGAAGUAAAAAUCAUUAAAAUAACAUGAAUUACUCAUAUUCUCACUUUAUAUUUAAGAUCAUCCAGAAGGAUAAUUUGUUGUAUCUAAAUUGAUAUUUGCUGAUCUUGGAUGGGUUGAGAGAGGUGGAUAAAAGAAAAAAAAUAUUUCUUUAUAGGUUCUCAAUAAUUGCAUUUAACUUUUGCAUGAAGCAAAGAAAAAGAAUAUUCAAACAUUCAUUCCUUAUAGAAAUAGCAAAUUAACUAGAUUAUUAAAAGAAUCAUUAGGAGGGAAUUCAAAAACUCUAAUGAUUUCAUGUGUAAGUCCUGCUAUAUUAGGUUAUGAAGAUACUAUACAAACAUUAGAAUAUAGUCAAAUGGCUACUACUAUUGUAAAUUAGACUUCAAUUAAAGUAUUUUAGUAAAAUGAAUAAUAAAUAAUUAUGGAAUAAACUAAUUAUGAUCUAGUUAAUCAAAAUGAAGAAUUAAAAAAAUAAUUAAAUAAAUAAAGUUAGAAAUAAAAUGAAAUUAUUUAAAAGGAAUAAUUAGAGAAAAAUAUCAUUUAACAUUUUAAUAGAGAAUCUUAAAUGCAAGAAGAUAUAUUUAAAAUAUAAUUAUAAAUAGAAUAAAUGAAAUUAGAUAUUAAAGACAAAUAAUAAUUAUUAGAUAAAAUAGAUUAAUAAGAUAGGAAAAAGUAUAAUCAAUUAAAAGAUGAAAUAGAAAAUGAUUAAGAAAAAGUUGAUCUUCAAGAAAAUGAAAUUAAAAAGUUACAAAAAUAAAUUAAUGAUUUUACUAUACAAAGGAAAGCAUUAUAAGAUGUAUAAUCUUUAUUCAUUAUAGAAUAUCAAAUAAAAUAAUUUAGUUGAUUUUGAUAAGCUAUAUCUAACUAAUCUAAUUGAAAAGUAUAUUCUUAAAUUGUAAUUACAAGAAAUCAAAUCAAAAGAGUCUAUCUAUUAAUUACAUCAACAAGAAUAAGAGAAGAUACUUUCCCUUCAAAAUAACUAAAUCACUUUAAGAGAUCGAAUCAUAGAAGAAUAAAGAAAAUAAAUAACAUAAAAUUAAAAAUUAAAUUCAACCAAACGUUAUACUAAAAGUGAUGGAAACAAUCAAUUAAUUUCUAAUACUAAAUCUUAAUUUAAACUAAAUCCUAUCCUCCCAAAGGUUUCAGGUAUUACUUAUUUUAAUAAUUCAUUAGAUAAAUAAAAUAACCAAGAACCCUACUUGUACAGAUAAAGCUCUUCAAGAUAAUUAUUAUAGACUCCUUAAUUAUAAACUCCAAAAAAGGAAUUAAGAUCAAAUUCUAGAUCAUAAUCUAAAUCUAAAUCAAGAGAAAAAUUCAAAACCAAAAAAACAAAUAAAAAUAUUAUUGAUAAUUUAUCAACACCUCAAAUUCAUAGGUAUAAUGCUUUGGAUAGAGCUUCUCCUUCAAAAUUAAUUGAUUCAAAAUCUAUGGUUGCAUUUCCUCUAAUUUAAUCAAAUAGAAGUGUAACCAAAUUUGUAUAUGAUUGGAGAAGUGGAGGUUAUAAGUUUUUAGAAGAGUAGACCGUAUUACCUUCAUAAAUAUAAAAACAAUAAUAAAAAUAAAUUCCUAUUGAUUCAGAUAGAUCUUUUAUAAUAAAUACUAGUAGAGGUAAAAAUAGCAUAAUUGCAAUAUUAGGAUCUUCAGUAUAUAAGAAUCAUGUCAAAUAGAAUCUACUUUUGCCUGGUAAAUUAAAUGAAUCAAUUUAUGUUAAAGGAUUUAUUAAUAAAGAAAUAGAAAUGAAAAUGAAAUUGCAUUAGCUAAACUUAAAAAUGAAGAAAGUAUCCUAAAAAAAAUGA